AUGAUAGCUUUUCUGUUGCCUUGGAUACAAAGGAGCAUUCCAAUUGUGCUUUUCGGGGUGUAUUAUGGGUUUUUAUCAACAUUGCCAAUUGGUCCCGCUCAGAUGUAUUAUCUCAGAUCCUUGUUGAUUAAGGAUAAGAUCUUAGAUACAAAUGGUGAUAAAAGCAUUCCUACGGGAAAAUUGAUUCUUAGCGGUUCGUUUCUUGGGCAAGUUAUAAUUUUUUCAUCCAUUUAUCUGUGCCCUAUCUAUAGCUUCGUUUUGAAACCUCACGCGAUGACUCUAAUGUUUGUGCCAGUCUUUUUAUUUCUUUUUAUCAGGAUUCUUUUCUCCAAUGUGUUGUUCCCUUGGAUGAAUAAUCCGGUGAUCGAGUUUUUUCUUGGAAUCGCUCUACAAUUGCUGAAUCCUGCCCUUUUCGGUAAAUCCGUCUAUCCGCGGCUCAUCAACAUCAUGUUAUUUAGGUACAGUGGAAGCCUUUUAUUUCUGAUGAGCACCGCAGCCGGAUGGCUCACAGGGCAAAUUUUAUUCGUCAAAAUCACGAACCUCUUUUGUUUACGCGUCGAAGGCGAUUCGCCUUUAAAAUUGGGCAAAAGGAGGCAGCUCUUUGCUUUCACUUUUCAAGUCAUUUUCUUUGGUUACUUUAUGCUGGCAUGCUACGGGAAAAAUCCGUCACUUUUCGUGACAAAAUACGUGGAUAACCGAGCCUUUCUUCAGGGCCCUCUAGAAGAAUUUGAGGAAUCUUCGCAAGAACUUGAUCAAAAGAAAAAAGCUUACAAAGAUGAUUAUAAACAAAAAACUUCAAAGAAGAAAAAAAAAAUUAAAGCUACUGUUUCUCUUUCUUCCAUUUCUCGCAAAAUGGUAAGGGUGCUAUCCUUAAAAGAACUGAGCAAAGAAACUGAUGCAGAUUUGGCUUUAUCCAACAUAUUAAUAAAAACCUGGCCAUUACUAUUUUUUGAUUACAACCGAUUUAACGUACCCACCCGAUACGUGGGUGUAGGAAAUUUCAUUCUUCGUGGCCCUGUGAAGAGCCAAGUAGCCGAAUAUUUCUUUGAUGCUUGUCUCAGUGAUGGGCAUCAAAGACUAUCUUUCACAGCUCCACCCAGUAUCUCUUUCUUUGCAAAAAUGGUAAACCUCGGCGAUCAAAGUCUUGAUCGAAAUCAGGAUCACCUUUUUGAAUGGGUAUCAAAAAAAGGAGAGAAAAAAAGCUUCCUAGCACUCGAACUUGAAGAUCGAGUGAGAGCUCUAAGCAAUGGAUCCCCUCUUGUAGAUGUGAUAGAAAAAAAAAUCAGAUUUUCUAGAACUAAAGAUGGAAAUUAUCUUCCAGAAAUACACGAUCCUUUACUGAGCGGGCCAUUCCGCGGGUCGGUGAAUCAAUUUAAAUCACCGUGGAUGCUACCUCCAGAUGAUUCUACCGAGCAAUUACAGAAAAACGCCCAUGAUUCUACCAACCAACUUGAUCGAAUUUCCUUAAUUCGACCAGAAAAUAAGGAGAAAAUCGUUCAACUACGAAACGAAAAAAUAAAAAUUAUUUCCAAAUGGUGGCUCGAUAAAAUUCGUAUCUUCUUAUUAGAAGAACAGGAAAAAAGGAAAUUUUUGGAUGACGCUUCAUUGGCAAAUUUAUUGUCAAGAUUUGAAGCUGUUUAUCCGAAAGAUUCAGUCGAAUAUGUGUUGAAAACAUUGGCUCCGGCGCCUCUAACCAGACGGAUAGAAAAGGAAAUCGCUUCUUGCAAUAAAAAAAUAUUCAUUCAAUAUUUAUUGCAGAUUUUUCUUGAAACCACCGGUACGAAAUCGGAAUUGCUUGUUAGCGUUCUUCCUACGGAGCAGGCUUUACUUUAUGAGCGAUUUUUUUUAAUGAGCUCAGAUGAACUACCAAAUUCUGAGGUAUCUAUAGAUACUAAAAAGAUCCCUCAGGAGAUUUCGGAUAAGGAUCUUCCUUCUAAAAAGAGCAACGCUAAAAAGAAAAAUAAAAAGAAACUUGAUCAAGAUUUUCAAGAUUUUUUUGAUUUCUAUGCCCUUUAUCUCAAAUUCAUGGAACUGAAGAAGAAAGCGAUUGUUAAUGAUUAUGAACCUCGAAUCCGAGACUUUAAUAGGUGCAUUGUGCCUAAAUGGCCCUCAACGAUAAUAUCGGGCAUUUAUGAUACUAUGUGUGUCAAAGAUUGUCUGGAAACUCGUCCAAAAAAAGCUCGGCAUUUAAUUGUUAUUAAACCCUUUGAGAAAAUCAAAGAGCUAGAGCUUGAAGAUGAACAAAAAAAGAGCGAACAAGGAAUUCUGAAAGGCUUCUCUCAAUGGUUCAAAGAUGAGAACCAACAAUCAGAAGAACAAGAGCAAAUACCAGAACAAGAAAUAGCGAACGAAGCGGAGGACGAAGCAGAGGAGGACCUCGUAACUAAAGACAUACAUGUCUUUAGUUAUCCAUAUGAAGGAGAUUUUCGUAGAUUUUUAGUAAAAGGAGCUGUCCGUUCUCAAAGACGAAAAGUAUCAGUGGUCAACAAUUGGAUACCUCGACCACAGUCGAGUCUUUUCGAGAGACUAAAAGAAAUGAUGCAAAAGCCACGUCGCAAGCCAAAUCCUAAAAGGGAAAUCAAAAAAGAUAUUACGAUUUCAAGACUCGUAAGAUAUUUUGACAAAUAUCUGGAUCGAAAGCAAAAGAGAGAGGAAAAUCGUCGCCGUCAAAUACAGCAGGGCUUCGAUUGGGAAUUGCUUCACUAUCUCAGAGCGGGUGUAUUAUUCACACAUACAUAUCUUCGUAAAAGAUUAUAUUUCCCUUCAUUAAUAAUAGCCAAAAACUUCGCUCGUGUUUUAUUAUUUCAGGCCCCCGAAUGGGAGCGGGAUUGGUCCAAUUUGAAUAGGGAAUUUUAUAUUAAAUGUAAUUACGACGGAUAUGAAUUGACGGACAUCGAUGUGCCCAAAGAUUGGAUGAAAGACUACCUAAAAGAAGGUAUUCAAAUCAAGAUUGUAUAUCCUUUUCGCUUGAGACCUUGGUAUGAAUCUACCCCCCAAUCUACUGACGCUGACAACAGAACUACUAGCUUUUUAUCCAUGUAUGGAACAGAAAAUGAACUACCUUUCGGUAAUCCAACAAAAGUUCCUUCUUUUUGGAGACCUAUUGGCGAAUGUAUUUUGAAUUCUACAUCUCAUCGGACAAAAGCUAUUAUCGAAAGGAUCCAUCCUAUUAUCGAACGGAUCAAACCUAUCCUCCAAUGGAUAGAACUCCUUUACUCAGAAAGAGUAAAGAUAAAGAUCAACAUUCGGCCAGAUACUGGGACAGAAAAUAUUCAAACGAAUGACGAGCCCCCUGUAAUGAUUAGGACCACCCCUACAUCGAAUAUUAAAUUCUCCUUGGAAAUAAUGGAAGAUCCAUUAGAACCAUUUUCAAUGCAGAUCCAAGAUUUGGAUCUCGCAGAUCCAGACAAUUGGACAAUUACGAUUCAUGAGCGAAUCAAGCAGAUGAAUGAAGAAUAUUUGUUGAAUCGAGAUAUUCAUAAUAAAUUGCGAGCUGACUUCGAAAAUCGAAUGAAUCAACCUUCUCCUGACAUAAAAUCCAGAUUGAAAAAAGGGUUAAUUCGAAUCAAAAUUUUUGGUUCUAUUUUCCAAAACAAGAGCGUUCGAUUCAUUAGGAAGAAAAUGCCUUACUUUAUGAAAGUUUUUCAUUUAAGGGCAAAAUUAACGCUUAUCGAUCUCAAAAUAAGUAUUUUGACUCUGAUCGAGUCCAAUUUAGAAUUUUACGUCCAAUUGAGUAGAAAUAUUGAGGCAAUUCAAAAAAGAUUCACUCCAAAUAGAAAUAUCAACCCUUCUAUCAAAAAGAAGGAAACCCCAAAAAUAUCUCAAGCAUAUAUAUUUCACAAGAUAUGGCAACAGGUAAUAAGCAUGAAAGGCUCCUAUGCGAAGGAUUUAUUAAAAUCCAGAGCAUCGUCUCCUUUCAUCAAACAAAAUGUCAAGGACUUUUUGGAUUCGCAAGGACUAUUGAAUUGUAACGAUCCUCGAGAGUUGACUGCUAAGGACUGGAAGCAGUGGUUGAAAUGGUGUGCUGGCUACAGAAUAAUGCCGCAGAAAAACAAAAAAAUUAUUAGUAGCCGAUUCGGGUGGAAUGACUUUGCAUCCUUUUUGGGAGAAAAACAAUUCGCGUGUUUUUUGAGGCGGUUAAAAAACCGCAUCAAGCUUCACAGAUAUCAUCUUUUCGCUUAUAGUUAUCUGGAUCAUUCGAAAGAAGAUAAUCACGGACCCGCGAUUCAAUACAUACCAGAACCAGAUUAUCAAGCUAUUACCAAUUUUCAACAGAGGAAGAAUCCUGGGUACUCCAAGAAGAAGAGGAAAAAGAAUUUUGAUUCUUCGAAAAAGAACAAUUCCGAUUCUUCGACAACUAGGAAGAAUUCGUAUUACAAAUUCCAUUUUUGGUUGUUUCCAGAUAUAAGAAAAAAAGCGAAAAAUGCCUCAAACCUUGAUGACCUUUUUCCUCCGGAUAUAAUCCGAAAACACAUCAAACACAUGUGGGAAUUCAGGGAAAUUCAAAUAGCGCAAGAUUUCGAUGUCGAUGCUUAUGUAAUGGAAAGUCUCAGGAAGAGAGAGGAUGAAAAAAGGAAUAAACUCGCAGAACUUCAAAAAAUAAAAGAGGAAAGAAGACAACGAAAACAAGAAAGACAAAAGACGAAAGAGCAGAGAUUGCAAAAAUUAGAAUUGGCGACUACUCCAGAAGAAGUGAAGAACCUGAAAAGGGCGUUCAAGCUAGAAGAUGAGCAGAAACGCUUAGAGAGAAUGCAAGAACUAAAGAAAAGGUUCCAAGAGCACAAAAAAGCCAUAAAAGCUAGACAGCUUGAAAGACAGGCUGAAAAACGUAGACAAGAGAAAGAAAAAAAAGAAAAAAAGGAACUCCGAAAAAAACUUCGUCAAGAUUCUAAACUUGCGAAGAAAAUAAAUGAAUUUAUAGUUCGAGACUUUAGAAAUAUUUAUCAUCGUAAAAGAAAUUAUGAAAAAAUAAACACGGAGAAAGAGAAACUGCGAAUAGCAAUCAAAAAAAUUAUUUUGAAACGCGAUGCGAAGAAAAAUUCUCAAGGUGAUAAGAAGGGAUGGGAUGAGUUGAAAUUAAAAUUGGAUUCUGGAUUUGAUAAUAAAAAUAAAAAGGUAGGCGUCACAUCAGAAACCAAAAACGGACCUAAAGGAGCAAAUAAACAAGAAAUCAAACAUCCAAGGGGUCGAAAACGCUUUGAAAAGGAAGAGGGAAAAGAAGAAAACCCCCAAAGACUAAAGAAAAAAACGGAUAAAUUGCCGUAUCGAGAAAUGGCGAAAAAUAUUCGCGUUUGGAAAACCAAAUACAAGCUCGAAAAACUGCCACUUGCUCCUUGGCUUUCCAAGGGCAGAAAUGCGUCCCGUUUUCUAGAUAAAAAGAAAUUAGGUAAUGAAGCCGCUGUAGCCCAACUAACCACGCCCUAUUUGGAAAACGGAGAGCUCGACUUGGAUUUAUUGGAAACUAUUUUGUAUCUCAAGAGUUGCUUCCAGGAUAACAAGAAUGAUUUUUUGAGAAUUUUUGCCGAUGAAAGGCGAAGAUCUAUUCCACUUGUACCGGGUUACUUUAAUGACCGAUUUUUGAUAUACAAAAUCGCAAGUCUCUUCUUAAAACUAAAGAAGAAGAGAAUAAAUGUAAAUCUUUUUGAUAGAUCUCAACGACGAAGAAAAACUAUUGAGGAUGUCAAUGAAAAAAUUUCAAGUUCUUUUAUUUUCGAAGAUAUUCUCCUUCCAAAACGUCGUAGAGAAUUUCGAAUUUUGAAUCUUUUGAAUCUGGAAACCCCUAUAGAUCAAAGUAUAGGAUUAAAUAGUAAAGCGAUACUAAAUGACGAAGGUCUCAUCGAAAAAGAUGAACCUCUUUGCAUAGAUACAAGAGCAAAAAUCAGACGUUUUCUUUGGCCUCGUUAUCGAGUAGAGGAUCUAAUUUGCAUGAAUCGAUUCUGGUGGAAUACUAGUAAUGGUAGUCGAUCUGUUAUGUUGAGGGUACGCAUGUAUCCCAAAAUAGAUCAUUGGGAGCAUAUGCAAAAUAGUUUUUAUUUUAUAAAACAAAGUUUUGUUUCAAUAAGAGAGAUUCUUCAAGAUUUGGCAAAUCGGACCAAAAGUUUAUUGGGUACGAAGCGUUCACCGGUUUUUGGACAAAAUGAACCUCUAAAUCAGGCAGAGAUGCAAAAAAAGAAUAAUUUUUGUAGCAUAAGUGCGUCUUUUCCUUCCGGCCGCUCCCCGCGCAAUGAACUUCUUACAAAAAUGAUAAAAUUGAUAAGUUCUUUUAGGGAGAAACUUAGAAAAUUUCUAACGGAAAGUAGAGAUUCUCUUCCAAAAUUGAUAAGUUCUUUUAGGGAGAAACUUAGAAAAUUUCUAACGGAAAGUAGAGAUUCUCUUCCAAAAUUGAUAAGUUCUUUUAGGGAGAAACUUAGAAAAUUUCUAACGGAAAGUAGAGAUUCUCUUCCAAAAUUGAUAAGUUCUUUUAGGGAGAAACUUAGAAAAUUUCUAACGGAAAGUAGAGAUUCUCUUCCAAAAUUGAUAAGUUCUUUUAGGGAGAAACUUAGAAAAUUUCUAACGGAAAGUAGAGAUUCUCUUCCAAAAUUGAUAAGUUCUUUUAGGGAGAAACUUAGAAAGUUUCUAACGGAAAGUAGAGAUUCUCUUCUAAAAAAUGGAAUCAUAAGAAAAAAUCUUAGAAAAUUUCUAACGAAAUUGAAAAAUUAUCUUUCAAAAAAGAAAUGGGUAAGAACCGUUUGUUCUAAAAUUACAACUGAGCUAGAAGAAACUAUACGUUAUUUAGACAAAUAUGAACCGACUCGGUGGCAAAAAAUAAAGAAUUUUGUCAAGUCUUGGUGGAUGGCUUAUAGCAUCGGGGGGGUUCUCGUGCCGCUAGGCAAAGAUUAUGGACUCUAUUUUGGGAUUCCUGAUUGGCUAAAGUUUAAAUUAUAUCAUUUAGCUUCUAAAAUUGCUUUUAUAGCUAAAGAUUGUUUUAAGUUAGCAUUUUAUUCUAUUUUUUAUUAUUUUUUUAGAAGAUAA